GAUUUCAUUCAAAUUUCCAGUGAAAGUAAAUAUCAAAUAAAAACAUGGAAAACUCUGAAAAACUGUUUGAAAGUGCCAGCUCAGAAAUGGAGGAGGAGGAGGAGGAGGAGGAUACAGAGGAAGCGAAGCUGGACAAUCAUUUCCGGGCGCUGCUUAGACGAUAUGACGGCCACCACAAGAGUUUUGCCUACAAUUCGGAUCGGAUAAUCAUUGACAAAUGGCUGGAGAUCUUUCGGUUGGCACCCGCCGCCGAGAAGAUGUCCAGGAACGCGCUGAUGCUUCUGCUGCAGGGCCACCUGGCGGACUUUGGCCUGCUCAAGGAACCCUUCACGGAUAUGCGCAACUGCAGCAAAGAUCUCAAUAGCGUCUUGGAUAACUAUCAGGGCAUAUCGAUGGGUCAGUGCGAAGGGAAAGAGUCCACCGAGUCGGAUAUGUCCGAGCGAUCCGUGUGCCCGAAGCCCAGCGAAACCAAUUCGUCGUCGAGUGAGCAAGGAGCAUACCUGGAGCCCAUAACAGAGGUCUCCGCGGAGCUGGCAUCCUCCGAUCAGGAUCGCUCCAGCGCCGUCACUGUGAUACGAAAUAAGAGCCAGAGUCGCACUGCCCUGGGCCGCUGUCAUCCAUCGAACGACAACGUUAUGCAGAAGAUACAAUCCUUUGAGGAACUCGCGCAGCGAACACAAGGGGAAGCCGCCUUGGACCCCAGCAAGGGCAGCGAUCAUUUGCUGAACUUUCGCAAGGUUUUGGCCAAGAGAAUAACCUCCUACAACCGGCCACGCCUCACCCAGGGGGAGCCUCUGAGCGCUGGCAUGGACGAAUACGCCUCUUUGCGUGACUUGAAGUUCCGCUUCGAGCAACUGGCCAAGCGGCUGGGUGUUCCGUCCCCCCCAAAGGCCGAGCAGCCAACGGCAGAAACCCUCAAGGCAGCUUCCUCGCUGGGUGAGCAAAUCAGGAUGAUGGCCGAGUGCAACCAACCGAAGGAGGCCGCAACUGAAGGAACGCGGCUACGGAUUGCAGGAGGAGCGGAGCACUCCCAAAAGGAGCAGGCAAAGAUGCUGACACAACGCAGCUGGGAACGGCGAAGCAACGAGCGGAGACAAGCCGCACUCAAGGAAUCCGUCAGCACAGCACCUUCUCUGGGCGAGAAAAUAAGGAUCAUAGCGCAGCGCAAGGACGAACCAGAAGGAGGCGCUGAGAAUAGGAAACACAUCAUGCCCAGAUCUUUGGCUGGCAAACAAGUGCGAUUCAUGGAUCAACGCAGCUGGGAUCAGUGCUUCAAGGAUGCCAAAACAGGAUGCGAAACGAUGGAAGAACCAAACCCAAGACCUUCUAUGGCUGAUCAGAAGCAGAUCCGAAGGUGCAAAGAUGCUGCCACCGAAUGGACACCACGAGAUGUGGAAACAACAGUAAAACCCUCACGGGAUGAGCAGAUCAGUGGUGAAGCUCCAAUGGAACCGCGCUUCAAGGAUGCCACAACAGAAUGGACACCACGAGAUGGCGAAAGAGCAGAAAAAUCAAGCCCAAAACCACCACUGGAUGAUGGGGAGAAGAGUUCGGAGGAUGCCAAAACAGGAAGCACACCUCGAGGGUGCGAAGUCCUGGAGGAUCAGAAGCAGAUCCGGAGUGAACGCCACAAGGAGCCUCAUACCAAAGACGCUACCACCGAAUGGACGCCAAGAGAUGGAGAAUCAAACUUAAAACCUCAACUGGAAGAUCAGAAGCAGAUUUGGAGUAAGGCAGCCGCAAACCAGAGGACAGAGCAAGAGCAAGAGGAAGGCUCAAUGCCAAGCCCCUCUGUGGAUGAAAGAGUUCGAAUGCUGACCAAAAGGAACGAGGAACUGCGUCGUCAGUGCCUGGAGUACUACCAUGAAGAUGGCCGCUUGAGGCAGAGCCCAGCAGAUGGCGCGCAGUUCAAAUUUCUGCUGAAGGGUUUCGAGAGCGGUGUCCUGCGCGGAAUGCAGCGUCUCAGGCGCUGGAGCGGAGCUCCCCACAGCCUGAAGUUCUUCUCGGCUGUGUUCAGCAAGUGCCAGGUGGGCGUGGGACAUUCGCGAUUGCGCUGUCUGGACCGUCGCCUGGAGCAGAUGGCCUCAAGGUGGCUGCAGGAGCAGAUGCGCCUGCGACGGGAGCGCGUCUGGAGCCUCUACCGUCAGUCCGUGUGCGCCAAAAGUGAACCCAUUCUGACGCCGCGGAGUGCCAAAGAGCUGGACCAGCUGUUUGAGACACGCAAGGCCACGCUACUGGAGGAGAUGGCGCACACGGCCAAGCUGAAGGAGCUGUGGGUGGAGCACUGUCUGGGCAAGAUCCGGGACCAGCAGCUGCAGCAGGUGCUCGGGAAGCUCGACGAGAAGUACAUGAAGCUCGUAAAGGGCUUGAAUAAGCUGGUCCGCCGUCAGGAGAAGCUGUCGAGGCGCAACGCCAGGCCGCGCAGCUAAUUAAUUAAUUUCAUUUAAACACUACGCUUUAUUAAAAAAGACCUGGCAACAGCAAACAAAUUAAAGGUGUAGGAAUGGGCGGGGGCAGGUA